AUGGUGCAGACUUCGGAGGGAGAGAUGGUUAGUUUGGAUGGUUACCCUGUAGCCACCAUGAAGAAGGAGAUGACCUGGCUGGGGAUUCUCGCGGCUGGCUACAAUAUGAGCAAUAGCUGGCUAGUCUUUUCGGUCACCAUGAUCAUCUCCCUCAUCUACGGCCCCAUGGUGACCCUCUGGACCCUGAUCUGUAUUCCGGUCAUCUACUUUUUCAUCGGCAUCACACUCGCGGAGCUGAUCUCGGCCUACCCCACGACGGGGGGGCAAUACCACUGGGCCUCGCUGCUGGCGCCCAAAGCCGUGAAUCGACAAGUGAGCUACUUCACCGGCUUCUUCAAUUGGUUCUCGUGGUUGGCCAUGGCCGCUUCCAGUCAGGGCGCCGUCUGCCAAUGCGUCUAUGCCCUCAUCUACAACGCCAACCCGAACUUUGUGGCUCAUCCAUGGCAGAGCUUUCUCCUCUUUCAGUCCAUGAACGUCCUCUCCCUAGUGGCCAACCUUUUUGGCCAUCGUGGACUCCCCAAAUUCUAUACUUUCGGAUUCGUGCUUAGUCUCGCCUCCUUCUUCACCAUCAUGAUCACCUGUUUAGCCAGGGCCGAGCAAAAGCAAGAUUCGAGUUUUGUCUGGCUCAACUACGUGGAAACGUCGGGAUGGCCGACUGGCGUGGAGUUUUUGAUCGCUCUCACGGCUCCGAUCAUCGUGUUUUGCCCGAUCAAUGGAUGUGUUCAUCUGGUGGAUGAAGUGAUCAACGCCCCCGUGGUCGUCCCCAAGACAAUUCUGUCGGCCCUGGUGAUCUCGUUCGUGACAACGUUUGCAUUUGCCCUCUCCAUGUUGUACUGCCUCACGGACAUGGGUGCAGUCCUGAGUAAUGCCAAUGGGCUGCCGCUGUUUGAAAUCUGGCUGCAAGCCACACGCUCCAAUGCGUGCAGCAUUGUAUUUACGGUCCUCAUCUUGUUGAUGCUCCCAUUCGGCAGCAUCGCCUGCACUCAAGUCGCGUCCAUGAUGACCAUGAGUCUCGGCCGGGACAAGGGGUUGGCCUUUUCAUCGCACCUGAGCAAAAUCAAUCCCAAGUUGCGCGUCCCCGUAUGGUCCGUCCUCCUGAAUUUUGGGGUCAUGUUCUUGAUUGGCGUCCUAUAUCUUAUUUCCUCUCUUGCAUUCAACGCCACGAUUGGUGUCGCCGCGAUAUUCCAGCAGGUCACGAUCUCGGUCCCGCCACUCCUGCUCCUCAUCCGAGGUCGCUCGGAGGACAUGUUACCCUCGACUCGAACCUUCCGGGUCCCCAAUUGGUUGGGCUAUAUCUGCAAUGCUGGCACAGUCCUUAUUGGGCUGGUGACCUUUGUUUUCUUCCAAUUCCCGGCCACGGCGCCUGUCAGCGAUCCGACUGAUAUGAACUAUGCUUGCGCUGUCGAGGGUGUUGUUGGGCUAGUCGCUCUCGGGAAUUGGUUCUUCUACGCGCGGCACCGUUAUCAAGGGCCAUCAGCAAUCGAGCUUCAUCACUAG